AUGAACUACCUGCGGCGCCGCCUGUCGGACAGCAACUUCAUGGCCAAUCUGCCAAAUGGGUACAUGACAGACCUGCAGCGCCCGCAGCCACCCCCGCCGCCGCCUGCUGCCCCCAGCCCCGGAGCCACGCCCGGUCCCACGACUGCCACUGCCGAGAGGGCCUCCGCGUCCGCCCCUGUGGCCUCUCCGGCUGCCCCUAGUCCCGGGUCUUCGGGGGGUGGUGGCUUCUUCUCGUCGCUGUCCAACGCGGUCAAGCAGACCACGGCGGCCGCGGCGGCCACCUUCAGCGAGCAGGUGGGCGGCGGCUCUGGGGGCGCAGGUCGUGGGGGCGCUGCCGCCAGGGUGCUGCUGGUCAUCGACGAGCCCCACACCGACUGGGCAAAAUACUUCAAAGGGAAAAAGAUCCAUGGAGAAAUUGACAUUAAAGUAGAACAGGCUGAAUUCUCUGAUCUCAACCUCGUGGCUCACGCCAAUGGUGGAUUCUCUGUGGACAUGGAAGUUCUUCGGAAUGGGGUGAAGGUCAUGCGGUCUCUGAAGCCAGACUUUGUGCUGAUCCGCCAGCACGCCUUCAGUAUGGCACGGAACGGGGACUACCGCAGUUUGGUCAUUGGGCUGCAGUAUGCUGGGAUACCCAGCGUCAACUCUUUGCAUUCUGUCUACAACUUCUGUGACAAGCCCUGGGUGUUCGCCCAGAUGGUUCGACUGCACAAGAAACUGGGGACCGAGGAAUUCCCUCUUAUCGAUCAGACCUUCUACCCCAAUCACAAAGAGAUGCUCAGCAGCACGACGUACCCUGUGGUGGUGAAGAUGGGGCAUGCGCACUCCGGGAUGGGCAAGGUCAAGGUGGACAACCAGCACGACUUCCAGGACAUCGCGAGUGUCGUGGCACUGACCAAGACGUACGCCACCGCCGAGCCCUUCAUCGAUGCCAAAUAUGACGUGCGUGUCCAGAAGAUUGGGCAGAACUACAAAGCCUACAUGAGGACGUCAGUGUCGGGAAACUGGAAGACCAACACCGGCUCUGCGAUGCUCGAGCAGAUCGCCAUGUCUGACAGGUACAAGCUGUGGGUGGAUACCUGCUCAGAGAUUUUUGGGGGACUGGACAUCUGCGCGGUGGAGGCGCUGCACGGCAAGGACGGAAGGGAUCACAUCAUUGAGGUGGUGGGCUCCUCCAUGCCGCUCAUCGGGGACCACCAAGAUGAAGACAAGCAGCUCAUCGUGGAGCUUGUGGUCAACAAGAUGGCCCAGGCCCUGCCCAGGCAGCGGCAGCGGGAGGCCUCCCCCGGCCGGGGCUCCCACAGCCAGACUCCGUCCCCAGGGGCCCUGCCCUUGGGCCGCCAGACCUCCCAGCAGCCCUCGGGGCCUCCGGCUCAGCAACGACCCCCACCCCAGGGUGGCCCUCCACAGCCGGGCCCAGGCCCCCAACGCCAGGGACCCCCGUUGCAGCAGCGCCCGCCCCCGCAGGGCCAGCAGCACCUUUCGGGCCUUGGACCCCCAGCUGGCAGUCCCCUGCCCCAGCGCCUACCAAGUCCCACAUCAGCGCCCCAGCAGCCUGUGUCCCAGGCCCCACCGCUGGCCCAGGGUCAAGGCCGCCAAUCCCGGCCGGUGGCGGGAGGACCUGGGGCACCUCCAGCAGCCCGCCCACCCGCCUCCCCAUCUCCCCAGCGCCAGGCGGGCCCCCCACAGGCUACCCGGCAGACAUCCGUCUCCGGUCAGGCUCCGCCAAAGGUCUCGGGGGCCCCACCGGGUGGUCAGCAGCGCCAGGGCCCACCCCAGAAACCCCCGGGCCCUGCCGGCCCCACACGCCAGGCCAGCCAGGCGGGUCCCAUGCCCCGCACUGGGCCACCCACCACACAGCAGCCGCGGCCCAGUGGCCCAGGACCUGCUGGACGGCCCACCAAACCUCAGCUGGCCCAGAAACCCAGCCAGGACGUGCCGCCACCCGCCACUGCCGGGGGACCCCCACACCCCCAGCUCAACAAAUCCCAGUCUCUGACCAAUGCCUUCAACCUUCCAGAGCCAGCCCCGCCCAGGCCCAGCCUUAGCCAGGACGAGGUGAAAGCUGAGACCAUCCGCAGCCUGAGGAAGUCCUUCGCCAGCCUCUUCUCCGACUGACACCCCACCCUGAGAACCCUUAAUUCCUCCUGGGCAACCCCCCUCUGGGCCCUGAAUCCAUUUCUCACUUCUGGAGUCUCCAAAUCCCUUGAGAAGCCCUCUCCUGGUCCGCCAAGAUCCCUCUUCUCACUCCGCAGAAUGCCCAAGUCCCUGGGGAACCCCUCACUCCUGCUCCUAACACCAGUUCUCACUUUUGGAAUCCCCAAGUCCUUUUAAAAGCCCACUCCCGGCCACCUCAAGACUUACUUUUCAGUUUUAGAACCUCCAAACUCCCGACGACCUCUACUCCCGGCCGCCCCCGCCCCCCGGAGUGCACUUUCCUUCCCAGAAGCUCCCAAACACCAGGCAACCCGUUCUGGCCCUGACACCAAGGCCCCUCCUGGAGCCCUGAAAUUCUUGGAAAAUCAUCCUCCUGGUCCCAGAUCUCUCAAGUGCGCCGUGUGCCCCAUCAGAAUUUCCGAAAUCCUUAAGAAACCCCCCUGCCUUGGAGCCCCUUUCCACGGAUCUCCCAUCUCUGGAGAGCCACCUCGUCAGAUGCCACUAUCCAGCCCCGCAGGGAUUUCUCCUACCCGCCCCCAGCCCCAUUCAACACAUUGGGAGGCCCUCCCACUGCUAGGACCCUUCUGUUCCCCAGGGACCCAUACUCCCACUUCCCUGCCUCUGACAGCUAUCUUUAAAUAUGCAAACUCCACCCAUCCUCCCAGAAUCCUUUGCACAUGGAGGGCCAGUGGUCCUCCGCUUCCCCACCUUUGCUGUGAUGUCUGUAUCUGUGACUGCCGUGGCCUCCUCUCGUGCCGUGCUUGGCAUACGUGGUCUGCGUUCCUCGUGCCGCCUGUGGUGAGCGUGCAGUGGCGCUGUUCGUGUGGUCCGCACUUCCCCCCAACCACUCCUUGCCUGGACUCACCCCCACCCUUCAGCGGCUCUGAACCCCACGAGAAGAGUCGGGAAGCAAAAUAAACAAGCAAGGCCCA